AUGGAUCGACUAAUCCGACAUCACGAAGAAACCAUCCGUGACGAGGAAGCCGGCUUUCGCCCUGAUCGAUCGACGGUUGAUCAGCCGCUUUCGACUCUCCUUGCCGAGGCCGUCUUCAAUGUGCUCCGCACUGAUGGAGUUCUAGGAAAAUUCGUAUGCCUUGUAAACGACAUGAAUAGAACUGCUGCAGUCCAAACACUUGCUGGUACUACACCGUUCGAAGUGGAAACUGGAGUGAGACAAGGGUGUGUGGCGGGACUCUUUCUGUUCAACUUUGCCGUAGAUGACAUAAUGCGAAGAAUAGUUGAGCAGUGUCCCACCGAUGUUAUUUUAGCACCUUCUACACGUCCGUUGCUGGAUCUCGAGUACGCCGACGCUUCUAGCAGCGCGAUGUUACAACGUGUUGUUAACCUUGUAUCGAAAUUAGUUGCACCCUAA